ACAAUGGCCCGCCGAUUAACUCACUUGAAUCCCAAGAAAACUUUAUUUCUCCUGUGCGAUGUCCAGGAAAAAUUCCGUCCAGCUAUGCCUUUAUUUGAUAAAUUAAUUGAAAAUGCAAAACGUUUGACCACAGCCGGCAAAAUCUUGGAUGUUCCCCUCUUGGUAACCGAACAAAAUCCCGAUAAAUUGGGUAAAACUGUCCAGGAGUUGGAUAUUAGCCAUGCCAAGGCUAAUGUCAGUAAGACCCGUUUCAGCAUGAUGAUACCCGAUAUUGAGUGUCAGAUGCAGAAACUAUUCGAUGGUGGUAAACCCACGGAUGUUGUGUUGUACGGCAUUGAGUCCCAUGUGUGUGUCGAACAAACGGCCAUUGAUCUGCUGGAAAGAAAUAUCAAUGUCUUUCUCGUGGCCGAUUGUGUGGCAUCGCGUGUAAAUCAAGAUCGUGAUAUGGCCAUAGAACGUCUGCGGUCCGCAGGAUGUAUCAUAACGACCAGCGAAAGUGUUAUCUAUGAUCUGCUGCGUGACAAGGAACAUCCCAAAUUCAAUGAAUUACGCAAAUUGUUGGUGGCCAAAUCUGCAGAUAUGCAAUUGACACGCGGAUCAUCUGCAGCACCGGCAGCAAAAUUAUAA